AUGUCGGAAUUGCGCUAUGAUGGUCAGGUAGUGGUGGUGACGGGUGCUGGUGGUGGUCUUGGAAAGGCGUACUGUCUGUUCUUCGCAUCGAGGGGCGCCAGUGUUGUUGUCAAUGAUCUGGGCGGCUCGUUCAAAGGCGAGGGCACCUCAACCAAGGCCGCAGAUGUCGUCGUCGACGAAAUCAAAGCCGCAGGCGGCAAAGCAGUGGCCAACUACGACAGUGUUGAAAAUGGCGACAGGAUCAUUGAGACUGCCAUCAAGAACUAUGGCCGCAUCGAUAUUCUUAUCAACAACGCCGGUAUCCUCCGCGAUAUUUCCUUCAAGAACAUGAAAGAUCAGGACUGGGAUCUUAUCAUUGCUGUUCAUGUCAAGGGGUCAUACAAGUGUGCUAGAGCGGCGUGGCCAUACUUCCGGAAACAGAAGUAUGGACGGAUUAUCAACACUGCUUCUGCUGCUGGUCUUUUUGGAAGCUUUGGCCAGACAAACUAUUCCGCCGCCAAGUUGGCUCUGGUUGGGUUCACGGAGACGCUGGCGAAGGAAGGUGCAAAGUAUAACAUUCAUUCCAAUGUUAUUGCUCCAAUCGCCGCAAGCCGAAUGACGCAAACGGUCAUGCCACCCGAUAUCCUCGAAAACCUCAAGCCCGACUGGGUUGUUCCUCUCGUUGCAGUUCUAGCCCACAAGGACUCAGAAGAAAACGGACAGAUCUUCGAGGCGGGAGGUGGGCAUAUUGCCAAGCUCCGCUGGGAGCGUGCAAGCGGUCUUCUCCUGAAGGCAGACGAUACUUAUACCCCCGGUGCAAUUUUGAAGAAGUGGGAUCAGAUUAGCAACUUCAAGAAUGCGGAACAUCCCACGGGUGUUGCAGACUUCCUGGGUCUGUUAGAGAAAUCUAUGCAGCUGGGCCCGAAUGAACAGGGGGAGACUCUAGAUUUCAAGGGAAAGGUCGCGUUGAUUACUGGGGGUGGUGCUGGCAUCGGUAGAGUUUACUGCUUGGCCUUCGCCAAGUAUGGUGCAUCAGUCGUGGUCAACGAUCUCGUGAACCCGGAUGAUGUCGUUAAUGAGAUCAAAAAAUUUGGCGGCAAGGCAGUUGGUGUGAAAGCCUCUGCUGAGGACGGAGAUGCAGUUGUGAAGGCUGCUAUUGAUGCUUUUGGACGUAUCGAUAUUGUUAUCAACAAUGCCGGUAUUCUUCGAGACAAGGCCUUUACGAACAUGGACGACAAGAUGUGGGACCAGGUUAUUGCUGUCCAUUUGAGAGGUACAUAUAAGGUUACCAAAGCCGCAUGGCCAUACAUGCUCAAGCAGAAGUAUGGACGCAUUGUCAACACUACAUCUACCAGCGGAAUCUAUGGGAACUUCGGACAGGCCAACUAUGCUGCUGCUAAAUGCGGUAUCUUAGGCUUCUCUCGCGCUCUUGCUCGUGAAGGAGCAAAAUACAACAUCUACGUCAACACCAUCGCACCAAAUGCCGGAACAGCGAUGACCCGAACCAUCAUGCCGGAAGAAAUGGUUCAAGCUUUCAAGCCCGACUACAUAGCUCCUCUUGUUGUGGCACUGUGCUCUGACAAAGUUCCCAAACCACCCACUGGUAACCUCUACGAAGUUGGAUCAGGUUGGGUUGGCCGAACACGCUGGCAGCGAACUGGUGGCCACGGAUUCCCAGUCGAUGUUAAGCUUACGCCUGAGGAAGUGGUCAAGCAUUGGGAGGCAAUCACAAACUUCGACGAUGGAAGAGCAGACCACCCCGAGGAUCCAAAUGAUGGACUCAAGAGCAUCAUGGCAAACAUGAGCAAUAAGAAGGGUGGCGCGAAGAAGAGUGAGAACGUGAACCAAGAGAUCCUGGAUAACAUUGCUGCUGCAAAGAAAGCUGAAUCUAAGGGAACGGAAUUCAAGUACGAGGAGAGGGAUGUGAUCCUCUAUAACCUGGGAAUUGGUGCGAAGAAGACGGACUUACCUUACGUUUUUGAGGGAGCUGAAAACUUCCAAGCACUCCCAACAUUCGGUGUUGUCCCCUUCUUCUCCGCCGAGACACCCUACAACCUCGACGACAUCGUCCCCAACUUUAGUCCCAUGUUGCUUUUGCACGGCGAACAAUACUUGGAGAUCCUACAAUAUCCCAUCCCCACCUCUGGAACAUUAGUUUCGUACCCUAAACUUUUAGAAGUCGUGGAUAAAGGAAACGCAGCUAUCGUGAAGUCUGGAGUUACCACAGUAAUCAAGGAAACAGGGAAGCCUCUCUUCUACAACGAGAUGACGGUAUUCAUCAGAGGCUCGGGCGGCUUCGGUGGUCCAAAGAAGCCCUUGGAUAGGGGCGCAAGCACCGCUGCUAAUACCCCACCCAAGCGCGCCCCAGAUUUCGUACAAGAAGAGAAAACGACCGAGGAACAAGCCGUCCUCUACCGUCUAUCCGGAGAUUACAACCCUCUCCACGUCGACCCAGGAUUCGCCAAGGUAGGCGGCUUCCCUGUGCCCAUCCUGCACGGCCUGUGUUUCUUUGGCAUAGCGGCCAAGGCUGUCUACCAGCAGUUUGGAGCCUUCAAGAACAUCAAGGUCAGGUUCGCGGGCACGGUCCUCCCGGGACAGACGCUGGUCACGGAAUGUUGGAAGGAGGGCAACAAGGUGAUUUUCCAGACAAAGGUCAAGGAGACUGGGAAGUUGGCUAUUGCAGCUGCGGGGGCAGAGUUGUUGGAUGAGGCAAAGGGGAAGCUGUGA